AUGCCUGACCUCGAGCUUCCCCUGGUCCACGAGGACGGGGCGCUGUUCCUGGGCACCUACUGCCCCAACUCCCGCCAGACCCUCCGCAUCGCCAUCAACUUGAAGUUGCUCAUCGACAAGGUGAUCCCCGUCGAGUUCGACGAGCACGACGUGCUCAAGCUGGGGCUGGUGAUUUUGACCGACCUGGUGAUUGAAUUGGCCCGCAAAGCUGCUGGCGGUAAAGGCGACGGCGAGGAAGGGACGCUGUCGUAUAAGUACCGGGCGUGUCUUAUCUACUGUCUCCUCCAGGUGACGAGAUGGUACCAGGACUUAGCCGAGACCGAGCUUAGUGACAGUGGUCUCUAUUGCUUAAGAGCGACCGUGGCUCAGACGAUUGCCCUGAGACUUAUCGAACUGGAAAAGAGGGACCAAUACUUGUUCUUGGGGAUGUUAUGCCACCGCUACACCAUUAACCUCAACGAAACCGACCAACCGUCAGUGUCUGCACUUGAACUUGCGGUAGACAUGCACCUGCUUAUUGUCAUCAGUUGUCUGGGCUACCAACGGUGUAUGAAGUGGUUGUGGCGGGGGUGGAUUGUGCAACUGAGCCAGGACCCCCACCUGUACGUGUACUACAAGAAAGUGGCACUGCUGCUGAUCAUGGCCCACUUUGACCCCGACCGGAUUAAGACUCCCCUUUACCAAAACAUGUUGGAGAUCUUUUUCUCAAUGAUUUACUUGGUGUUGUUUACGUUAGUGCUCAAUUUGACGGUGGAAAACCCACACAAUAUUGCCGCCGUCGAGUGGAUUUUCUACUUGUUUACCCUUGGCUUUGUUCUCGACGAAUGGAUCAAGUUCUACCAUGUUGGCUGGAGUUACUUGACGUUCUGGAACGUGUUUUCUGAUUGUACUUAUACCAUUAUCAUUGUGCUGAUCAUAUUCAGGUUUGCUAGUGUUGAAGCUGGUGACGAUCAUGAUGCCAUGGAGAAAUACUAUUUGAUCAGUUACCGGGUGUUAGCCUGUGCCGCUCCAUUCAUGUGGACGAGACUCUUGCUUUUCCUUGAUGCCCAAGCGUUCGUUGGGGCGAUGAUUGUGGUGAUUAAAGCGAUGAUGAAGGAAUCGCUUUUAUUCUUUUUGCUUUUGUUUGUGGUGAUUAUUGGCUUCCUCCAAGGGUUUCUUGGUCUCGAUAUGGCUGAUGGCCGUAGUGACAAGACUAAAGAGAUUUUCAUUUCGUUGCUUAAGGGGGUGAUUGGUGGUGGGUUCGAACUGUUGGAAGGGCUUGCCUACCCUUACGCCCUGGUGCUUCAAUACAUCUAUACCUUCUUGCUUACGGUGAUCUUGAUGAAUAUCCUUAUUGCGUUAUACUCCACGUCGUACUCUAACAUCACCGAGUCCGCCACCGAGGAGUAUUUCGCCCUCGUGUCGCAAAAGACGCUCCGCUACAUUCGUGCUCCUGAUGAAGACCUCUACGUACCUCCACUCAAUCUUGUGGAAGUGGUGAUCUCGCCGUUGCUGUGGUUUGUGUCAAAGUCGAUGUACAAGGCGAUUAAUCGCGUGGUGAUGACGGUGCUCUAUGCUCCCAUGCUUACCUACGUCACUGUUUACGAAUUAAGUAAUGCUCGUCGUAUCCAGUAUAAUCGUUAUAAAGGGUUACCUGACGAUGCUAACGAAAUCAACGUCGAAUGGGACUUAAAGGAUGGGUUUGAAGUGCUGACGUCGCUGAUCUGGGAGGGCAUCCGUGAACGUAAUCUGGAGAUUGCGGCCGCGCUUGCUGACCAACGUGAAGGGGAGAACCAGGAUCCUGAGUUCUCAAUUGAUAUCGAUAAGUUCACUAAAGACGUGGACAAAGUGGCCCAGCCUGUGGAUUUGGCGUCGCAGAAGGGGAUCCCCUGGGAGCUCUACGGGCUCUACGAACGAGUGGACCGCCUCACCGAGUUGGUGGAAAAAGUGUUACACGAAAACGAUCAACUCCGACAACAACUUUCGGGGCAGAAAUCGUCGUCGCCGUCGUCGUCUAGCUAG